UUUCGAAGAGUUCAGCGCUCCGGGAUCGAGUUCGAGAGUUUGUCAACAUGGCCCAGGGGAGUCGAGGUGUGACGCGGGUUCUGGCCAAAUUAAAAUCCUCAGUGGAAGAAGGCAAAUAUUAUGAAGCCCAUCAGAUGUAUAGAACUUUGUACUUCAGAUACUGUGGCCAGCAGAAAUAUAAUGAAGUGUUGGAUCUCUUGUAUGAUGGAGCCUCUCUGCUUUUGAAGCAUGACCAGCAAACAAGUGGUGCAGAUUUAGCUUUACUGAUGUUAGAUGUAUUGGAGAAAUCCAAGACAGCACCAACAGAAGAGCACAUAGCCAGAAUAGCAAGUUUAUUCAGUCUUCUAAGUAAUGGUACCCCAGAGCGCCAUCAGUACUUGGUGCGGUCAGUCAAGUGGUCCUGUGAUGAUUCACACAAACUGGGGCAUCCUAGGUUACACCAGCUUCUAGCACAGACAUUAUGGAAAGAAAAGAAUUAUGGUUCAGCAAGAUAUCAUUACCUAAGGUCAGAAGAUGGCGGAGGGUGUGCAGACAUGCUGGUGGAACUACACUUACUCCGAGGUUACCCUUCAGAAGUCGAUCUGUUCCUAACCCAGGCUGUCCUUCAGUACUUGUGUCUUCAGAAGAAAGUUGCCGCAUCAGAAGUCUUCGAAAAUUACACAAAAAAACACCCUAAUAUCACCAAGCAGAGAGGACCUCCAUUCCUUCUUCCUCUGCUCAAUUUCCUCUGGCUUCUCCUGUCUGCUAUUGAGAGUGGGCAAGUAACUCGAUUCACAGUUUUGUGUGAGCAAUAUCAACCGAGUUUAAAGAGAGAUCCAUCCUAUAGAGAGUAUUUAGACAGAAUUGGACAGCUAUUUUUCAAUCUUCCUGCACCUCGUCCCCAGCAAGGACCAGGGGGCAUAUUUGGUAAUUUGAUCCAGGGUCUCCUUGGUGGAGGGCUUGGUGAUGAUGACUCAGAUGAUGAUGGAAUCUCCAGUGGCCCCUCAACCUCACGACAACCACUGGCUGCUGAGGAGCUGGACUAAUGUUGUGUCUCAGUAGGAUUGUUGGGUGCUUAGGGUUAGUGCUAUUGUGAGAAUAUAAUACUGACUCACAUCAGCAGUUGAAAUUAAAUAUGUAAUUAUUUAUUUUUUUGAUUAUUAUUCCCCCACCCCCCUCUUUUUUUUGUCUUCUGCUGUUCCUCACUCCUUCUCAUAAUUGUUCCUCCCCUUCCCUGUACCCCUGUUAUGUUUUGGAUGUUUAAGGAGAAUGUCAAACUCUGAUGUCAAUUUUAGCACUUGAGUGUUUUUCCUCUCCCUUUUGGUGUGUGUUACUGAUUUGAAAUUUGUACUUUUCACUGGUGUUGUUUCAGGAAACGGAGAAGAGCGACAUAAUUAAAUCUCCAUUUUUGGCCUGUCCAUGUACUUUUCAAUAGUCAUAGGAGGUAGAUUUUUAUUUUAUAUCAGUUUUUGCGCUGUUAUAAGAAUCAUGAGAAUUUGUAAAUAGCCAGAGAUGUUAUGUAGGCACCAUAGAUUUUGCUACCGAGACCACCAGUGUAUAGAUUAGUGUGAAAUUGGUUGAUGAGUUUAUUAGGUGUAAGUGGAAACAUUUGUAAUAUAUUGUAUAGUAUAAAAUCCACAUAGAUUAAUGUUGAGAGCUCUACCCAAAAAUCUGUGACCAGCAAUAUUGUGUUUCAGGUCAUCUCAAUAGUAAAAUAUAUGUGAAGGACUGAACUUGAUAAUUUUCAAUUUUGUAUUAUUAGAGUAUUGAUGAAGUUAAUAUCUGACAUAUUAAACAAAGCAGAACACAAGGAGAGGAAGUGAAUAUUGAAGCAAGUUAUAGAAUUCUAAUGCAGAUGCAUAUUACAAACUGUUAGUGGAAUACUUGAAAAUUACAUGUUGGUCUGAUUGUGUAAAAUCAGUGAAAGACUCAUUAUGCCUAGAUGUGGUUAAAUUCUUCAAUUUAUAUCUCAACUUUAUAAUGAGAGUAAAUUUCUCUGGCUUGUUUUGAAAUUUGCACCUCAGGGAAUAGCAUCUCGGAAAUAAUAUAUGUAUGUACUGCCAUGGUUUUAUCUUUCACCUGAUGGGAUUGAUAGCAGUUGUUGCAUUUAAGUUUUGUAGCUUGAGAAUAAUUGAAUUGUGAUACCCAGAGACUUGAGUACACCAAAUAGAGUUAUCCUUAAGGUAAGCAGUUUCUCUAUAGCUUUACAGUUAAACCAAACACUCAAGUAUAUGGCACAUCUAGGCAGUGAUUAAAUGUAUACUGUUUCUGGAAAUAUAAAUGAUUAUCUACUGAUGAGCAUUAAAAUAUCAAUCAGGUCUCCAUA